CAUAUAUACAGUUAGUCACCUUCCAACUGCUACGAGAAACGGCGGUCGGUUUAACUGAGCAAGUCUAAAAAGCUCGAUCUAUAAUCGUGAAAUAUCGUUUUCUCUCUCGGUCACAUUCAUUCUUAUGUCAUUAUGUGGGACGAACUAUGAGUAUAGGUUAAGUUUUGGAGUGAUACUUUCACUGGCGGCCGAUCAUAUGUGAACGUCCAUUCAGGCUCCCUAAGGACCAAAUUUCGGAAAAUCGCACGAAAAAUGAAUGACACCUUGGGAAAUUGUCGGUCUAUUGGGGGAUUAAAUACGCCUUCGAGUCGGAACGUUGUCUAUAUCGUGCCGGAGUAUUUCUUAUUUGUUGUUUUUAAAGUUUAAAUUAAUUGGGUAGGUGGAGAAAACUAUCAUUAAGAUGGAAGACGAUGAUGUUUCUGUCCGAGUUGCUGUCAGGAUCAGGCCUCAAACACCACGGGAAAUCAUUGACAUGUGUCAAAUGUGCACAUCAGUGACCCCAGGAGAGCCUCAAGUGACUUUGGGAAAUGACAAAGCAUUUACAUACAAUUAUGUCUUUGAUACCGAUUCGCAUCAAGAGGAAGUUUAUGAACAUUGUGUGGCGUCACUUAUUGAAUCUUCCCUUGAGGGCUAUAAUGCCACUAUUCUUGCUUAUGGCCAAACAGGAUCCGGGAAAACCUACACCAUGGGCACAGGAUUUGAUGUUGAACUACCAAUGGAACAAAAAGGAAUAAUCCCCAGGGCCAUUCAUCACCUUUUCGAUGGCAUCCAAUCUCGAAUCGAUAAAGCUCAUGAAAUUGGAAUAUUGGCACCUGAGUUCAAGGUCAUGGUCCAAUUCAUGGAGCUCUACAAUGAAGAAGUCAUUGACUUGUUUAACCCUUCUUACACUAAGGAAAAGGUCUAUAAAAUCCACGAAGACCCUUAUGGGGGCAUCCAAGUUAAAGGAGUGACAUUCAAAACAGUCCAAUCCGCUGAAGAAGCUUUACAAUGUCUACGACUAGGAGCUCUCUCUCGUACAACAGCCAGUACCCAAAUGAACACCCAGUCAUCAAGAUCACAUGCGAUAUUCACCCUUCAUGUAAAGCAACAAAGGCUAGUACCUUCGGAGGAGGAGAACGUUAUAUCUAAUGACUUCGAGACACUUAGUGCCAAAUUUCACUUUGUAGAUUUGGCUGGAUCUGAGAGACUUAAACGCACUGGGGCAACUGGUGAGAGGCAAAAGGAGGGGAUAUCUAUUAACUGUGGUUUAUUAGCUUUAGGAAAUGUUAUCUCGGCUUUAGGAGAUAAAACCAAGAGAGCCUUGCACAUACCUUAUAGGGAUUCAAAGCUCACGAGGCUUUUACAAGAUAGUUUAGGUGGUAAUAGUCAGACUGUGAUGAUAGCUUGCGUUAGUCCCAGUGACAGAGACUUUAUGGAGACUCUGAAUACACUGAAGUACGCUAAUCGAGCACGUAAUAUUAAGAACAAAAUAUUUAUUAAUCAGGAUAAGAGUUCAAAAACGAUUUGCCAGUUGAGACAACAGAUAGCUCAGUUGCAGCUAGAGUUGGUCGAGUAUAAACAAGGUAAAAGAAUAAUUGGUGAAGAUGGAAGUGAAUCUGUAAACGAUAUGUUUUACGAAAAUAAUAUGCUGCAGGGAGAGAUAAGUAACCUGCGUACCAGAGUCAAAGCUAUGCAAGAAACCAUUGAUUCGCUUACACUCAGAAAUACAAGUCUUCUUGCAGAAAAAGCUAUGGGUGGUUGGAUCAACAGUGGCACUAACAGCGAAGUAGCUGAUAUGGUACAGGCAUACCUAAAAGAAAUCGAAGAGUUACGAGCAAAACUAAUGGAAUCUAACAAUACAUGCGAACAGUUAAGGAAACAACUUAGUCGGUCACAAAGUCCUCAGAGACAAUCUAUGCUAAUGAGCUCAUCAAUGAUAGAUGAACAGACUUCCUUGUUGGAAAUAGCAAAGAAGAACCUGCAAAAAGAAAAAGAAGUACUUAAUCGACGAUCUAUGGAGUUAGAUCAAGACAGCGACGGCGGUAAUAGUGAAGAUGAGUCCACCAGUGAUAAUGAAGAUGUUAAUAAUGAACUUAACGAUGAACUAAUCACACUAACAAACGAUAUUGAUAUGAAGCAAAAGUUAAUAGACGAGUUGGAGCUUUCUCAAAGGCGAAUGCAGACGAUGAGACAACACUAUGAGGAUAAACUAAUGCAGCUGCAACACCGAAUUCAAAAUACUCAGGAAGAAAGAGAUAAGGUUCUACACAGGUACAGUUCCCAUUCAGAACCUUCUGAUAAAAUAAAGAAAAUUAAGGAAGACUACACAAGAAAAAUUAAUGACAUGCAGAGAGAAUUAAAAAGACUACAAGCAGCACAAAAAGAACACGUGAGACUAGUCAGGAAUCAAAGCCAGUAUGAACAAACGCUCAAAGGGUACAAAGAUGAACUCUUGGAAAUGAAAAGGGCCAAGGUCAGGCUGAUUAUUAAAAUGAAAGAAGAAGCUCAAAAACACAAGGAGGCUGAGUUAAAACGAGAAAGAGAAAUUGCCAAAUUGCGUAAAGAAACUAGAAAAAAUGCGAAUGUUAUAAGGACUAUGGAAAACGAGAGACGAAUAAGAGAUCAAGUGUUAAAAAGGAAACAGGAAGAAGUAUCAGUAUUAAGAAAAAGCCAAAGAGGUCGUCUUAGCCUAAAAGCGGCCGGACGGGUACCUACUAAAGCAUUUUCCGAAAAAACAGCAAAGCAGAAAUGGUUGCAGGUUGAGAAAUCUGUUAAUAAUAUCGCUUUAAGCCGGCGUGGGUUAGUUGAACAGGAAGUCCGCAUGGAGCACUUCUUGGAAAAGCGAGAAGCACUUGGGAAGGAACUAGAGAUUUUAGAAGAAAGACGAAAAAUAGCCGUCCAAAAGGAUCAAGACAUCAUGCAGCUAGAUAGCUACAUAGAAGAUAUCAAAGAAAACAUUAACUACGUCCAAGAAAUCAUCGCUGAGACUCAACAGAACGUUAUUGACAUAGAAAAAAAUUUGGACCCAGCAGACACUGCUGGGCUAGAACAAAUCGUUGCUUCAGUAUAUGAUAUCGGAGAGGCCAAAUAUAUAAUACAGAAGCUUUACAACAUGACAUUGGCCCAAAGCCAUGCUGUGGCACAAAGGGAUGCCAAGCUAAGAGAAAAUGAGGCUAACUUAGUAGAGCUGCAACAAGAGGCAAAUGUGAAAGGCCAACUGCUAGACCACCUUUUGCACAAUGAGAUUCCUAUAUUUUCCAAGGAAUUAGUAACGAGCGUUUCCAGUAACAGCAAUGAUAUCACUAGCUCCAACAAUUCUUCUAGAUCUUCUUCUCCUAUUCCACCUGAGUCUCGCCUGCAAGUUCCUGAACCACAGGUUCCUCAAACCCGUUCCAAAAUAAGGAGAAGAACUGCGCAACCAAAUGAAAUGCUUUUUGGUUUAAACACUAGCAUGUCACAGUCUCACCAUGACUCACACAGCUUAUUUAAGCUCGACUGCAGUCUGCAGAGAGUCCCCAGUGUACCUGGGGGUCUGAAGUUGAACUCCUGAUGACUCCCAAGGAACAUAUACAUCCACAAGAUGAUAGAGUGCACAAGCAGAUUGGAGAAGAAGCUAGAAAUGUACUUGCUAGCAGUAGUAUUAAUAAGUGUCAGUUAUACCUACCAGCAACUAAUAAUGGUUUUACAUUGUUACAGUUAAUUGUUUUUGUGUCAAUUUUAUUACUAUUAUUAUUAAUGUUAAUAAUUUUAUGAUAUUUAAUAAUUAUGUAUUUAUAAAUAGAUAGUAACUAAUGUUCAUAUAGACAAUAAA